AUGGAACUAAGCUAUACUUUUCUGGUGAUCAUUUUGGAAAUUCUAGUCAUUCCUGUUGUCCUGUUGUUAGCUUGGGCUGUUUAUUAUGACCUCUCCACUUCAGAGAUUCCUCCUGGAAUUGAUAAGCCAUUGAAGCUUCGCAUUCUCCACUGCCUCAUGAUUGUUUCUUCUUGUGUGGGCAAGAUCCUGGAGAACCUAUCCCUCUGCUCUAAGAUUCAUUUCAUCCGCUACAUCCAAGAGGGGAAAAAACUGGGGGAGGACCCUAAACUGAACAUAAAGGACCUAACCUUUGAGGACAUCCCCGUGAGGGUUUACCAGCCAAGAGCGUCCACACUGGAGCACAGAAGGAGAGGGGUCGUCUAUUUCCACGGAGGAUCAUGGAUGUUUGGGAGCAUCAAUUCCUAUGAUCAUGUAUGUCGGUACCUUGCCAAAGAAAGUGAUUCAGUUCUUGUGUCUGUUGGAUAUCAUUUGGCACCUGAGGAGAAAUACCCAUCCCAGUUUAAGGAUUGCCUGACUGCCAGCAGACAUUUUAUGAAGACCGCCGAAGACUAUGGAGUCGAUCCUGCUCGCAUUAUCAUCGGCGGGGACAGUGUUGGGGGAAACUUCGCUGCCUCUGUUUGCCAAGCAUUAUCAAGUGGGUCUGAACUCACAAAACCACUGGCUCAGAUUCUGAUCUAUCCCGGCCUCCAGGCAAUAGAUUUUAAUUUGCCUUCGUACCAACAAAACCGGGCUGUCCCAAUCUUGUACCGGGAGGACGUCAUCUCUUCUGCCUUGCAGUAUCUCAAUAAGGACUUGUCAGUGUUGGACAGUGUGAUGCAAGGGUGCCAUGUUCCCAGUGACAUAAAAAUGAGAUUUGGGAAAUGGAUCAAUUCAGAGAACAUCCCCGAGGAAUUCAAGGUCAGGGGUUACAAGCCACAGACGACCACAUCCUUCUUGGAUGAUGUCUAUGAAGUGGUGAAGCAAGCUUUAGAGACAACCUUCUCUCCACUCAUGGCAGAAGAUGCGAUUAUUGGCCAACUUCCCAAGGCAUGCAUUAUCACCUGUGAGUAUGACGUUUUAAGGGAUGACGGCAUCCUCUACAAGAAACGGCUGGAGGACAAUGGAGUACCAGUCACUUGGUACCACAUUGAAGAUGGAUUCCACGGGGUGAUUAACCUCUUUGAUGGAUUUUUGUCAUUUCCCUCUGGCAAAAAGGGAGUGGACAGCAUUGUAACAUUUCUCAAAAGCUUAUGACAGCUUUCUGGUUUUCGUUUUUUGUACCACAAUCACAACAUUCUCCCUUUACACACACUUCUCUCCCCAUAUUCCCCUUUAACCAGGAGUUCUGUAUGUUUCAUUCAUCAGCCACAAGAUGGCACUGGUCUGCCCAUUUUUUAUGUUUCUUCUCGUGACGGAUUUCCUCUUUACAUGCUGAAACAGAAAGGGGAUUUGU